AUGGCUAAAAACCCAAACUCUUAUUUGAAUCCGGCUUUUUGUCAACAAAGUGAGUAUUCCAACAAUUAUCCCCCUCGUGUGUUAAGUCCCAAAAGUGUGCGGCAUUCCCCUGUUGGUGCUCAGUGCAUUCCCCAAAAUGUUGAUCAAGUUGGAGGACGGAAUGAUAUCCAACAUAUCGAGGAAUGUUUGGAGGAACAGGAGUUUUAUGAGGAGGUUCUAGUUGAUGAUAAAGGAUUUAUAACGGAUAAAAAGUUUGUUGUUGUAGCACAGAAUAACGAAGGGAAGAAGUAUAUACAGAUUCCGCCAAAUGAAGAUCGAUAUGGUAGUAGAUACGGAUUUUCUCAAAGUGAGGAGCGAAAAGGGGCAAGAUAUGGUUUACCUACUCCAACCAAACCAAAGCUUACUAGAAGUCAAAGUCAACGAUAUGAAUACAUCCAAAUGCAAGAACAAAAAAUAACCCCAAAGAAGCCUCAGUAUCACGAAGAUGUUGAGGUGUCUCCAGGACGAGUACACAGGUAUGCAGUAAUAGAAGCUGAAGAAGAAACUGAACUGUCUUCUCAAAGUACAAGAUACGCUCUAGUUCCUGUAGACCACUUACCAUCGAUAACAGCUACCCAACAACAAAUGAUAACUCAAAACAAAAGUAGAUACGAAUAUAUUCAAGAAGAACCUCAACCAGUGAUACCUCAAAGUCCAACUCGAUAUGAGUAUAUCCAGACAUCACCUAAAAAACCUCAAACAAGUUGGCCUCAUAUUCAACAAUCUCCGAGACCAGCUAAUCCUACAGCUACCCAAAAACUGCACGAAAUUCUUUCUACACCAAAGAAACCAACAAAUCAACUUCUGUCUCCACAAUCUGCAAGAAAACUGAUGCCACCUCCCCUUUCGCCGAUUGCCAAAGAGUUCCAAAGCAAAACGGCACAAAGGAUGAAAAAGCCUGCUCCCAAAGCUCAACAGAAGCUUAAUUACACUUUAGCUACGAGACAAAUUGUUCAAGACAAAAGACACACAGCAAUAGUAGCUCCUAUGUGCUCAAGUCCUAUACAGAGCAUUUACAGCGAAACCACGUACUCAAAAUCCGACUCUUGGUCAAAUUUGAGUAUUAGAAAAGCUCCUGUUAAGGCGACUUUGACUUUUUCUGCUAUCAUGAUGGUUCUCUGUGGAGCAGUUACGUCUGGGUUGAGCUUUUAUAUGAUAAAAAUUAUGGACAGACAGUACUUUCUGGAUUUUGGGGUGGUAGCUGGAUUUACUUGUUUGAUAUUAGGAUUACUAGGAUUUAGAAGUAGGAACAUAUAUUGGUUGCCUAACAGAAACUACAUUUCUGGAUACAUUAUUCUCAGCGUCUUCAGCCUCUUAACCUGCAUGGCUUUAUUGGUGCUUCUAGUAAAACAACCAAAACAAGGCACACCUCUCGCAGAUAUGACAUCCGGCGCAGUAUGUGGUUUCUCUGCGCUUUCGUUAGUUCUCGCCGCUCUGGGAAUCGUGUCGAGUUAUUGCUGUAAAUAUCCUCCUCCGGAUAAUAGGGUUCAACACUGUGCACAAGGAUUCAGUGUGUGA